GCCACCACCCAAUCUAGCGUCAAGGAGACUGGGCGGUCUGUCAACGCGUGACCCCACGAACAGAUUCUAGUGAAGUGAUGUACCGUAAGUUCAGUGUUUUGGCAGCGAAGAGUGGUUAAAGACAGGCAGUUCCAGAGCCUCGGAGCCCUGACUGCAAACGCUCUGUCCCCUUAAGCUUUCAGCCGGGUCUCCAGAACAGACAAAGGACCUCUGCCCAAGGAUCUCAAAGUACGUGCCAGCUCGUACGGUGCUAAGAGCUAAAGGAAAUUUUUUGACAUCCAGUGUUUGACAUCGCAGAGACAGUUGUUAAGUAACUCAGCAUUCCAGGGUCUGUGGAUCUAUUGACAGGCCGACAGUCACCGUGAUUGGAGGUGGUGACAAAGAUACUUCCCUCCAGUGAGCCUGAAGUCAGAGUGGCCAGUGUGUCAGCCAGCCAGCAGCAGCCUGACCUCAGUAGCUCUGAGAGUCUCCCUUUGGGUGAAACGCUUUCUUUGACGUCGUGAUCGGCCCCAGAGGUCGUGCUUCCAACAGCCUUCACUCCCCUGACCCCCCCACAUUCAGCAUCAUCAUGGGAGAGGUAGUCCAAAUGCACUUCACCACGGUGGACUACGUCAUCUUUGCCUUACUGCUGGUGGCCUCAACUGGCAUCGGCCUCUUCUAUGCCUUCUCUGGUGGGCGCCAGCGCACAACACAGGAGUUCCUGAUGGCUGACCGCUCCAUGAGCUGCCUGCCUGUGUCUCUGUCCCUGCUGGCCACUUUCCAGUCAGCUGUGGCCAUCCUGGGUGCUCCGUCUGAGGUGUACACCUUUGGAACUCAGUACUGGUUCCUGGGCUGCUCCUACUUCUUGGGCCUGCUCAUCCCAGCUCAUGUUUUCAUACCAGUCUUCUACAGACUGCGGCUGUCCAGCGCUUAUGAGUAUCUGGAGCUGCGCUUUAACAAGACGGUUCGCAUAUGUGGGACUGUGACCUUCAUCUUUCAGAUGGUCAUUUAUAUGGGGGUGGUCCUGUAUGCUCCAGCCUUGGCACUCAAUGCAGUGACAGGUUUUCACCUAUGGGGGGCCGUGUUGGCCAUGGGAUUGGUGUGCACUAUAUAUACUGCUCUGGGGGGUCUGAAGGCGGUGAUCUGGACCGAUGUGUUCCAGACGGUGGUGAUGUUUGCAGGCCAGCUGGCAGUCAUUGUGGUGGGGGCCAGUCAGGCAGGGGGCAUAGCAGAGGUGUGGAGGAAAGCAGUCAAUGGCAGCCGCAUAGCUGGACUAGACCUGAACCCUGACCCUCUGGAGCGACACACCUUCUGGACGCUGGGCGUGGGAGGAGUCUUCCUGAUGUUGGCUCUGUACGGGGUCAACCAGGCCCAGGUCCAGAGAUACCUCAGUUCUCGCACGGAGAAAGAGGCCAUCAUGUCCUGCUACGUAGUUUUCCCAUGCCAGCAGAUUGUCUUGUGUUUAGGUUGUCUGAUGGGACUGGUCAUGUUUGCUCGCUACGGAGAGGACAGCCCCCUGGACAAGGGCUACGUCAAAACUAAUGACCAGAUGGUUCUGUACUUUGUGAUGGAUGUGUUCAGGGAUCUGCCCGGGCUCGCAGGACUGUUUGUGGCCUGUCUCUUCAGUGGAGCUCUCAGCACCAUCUCAUCAGCCUUUAACUCCCUAGCAACAGUAACCAUGGAGGACCUGAUUAAACCUCAUUUUCCAAACAUGACAGAAGCUAAAGCCACGAUGCUGUCCAAGGGACUCGCUUUGGCCUAUGGCCUGGUGUGUCUGGCUAUGGCCUACCUCGCCUCUCUAAUGGGAUCUGUGCUGCAGGCUGCCUUCAGCAUCUUCGGGAUGGUGGGUGGUCCUCUGCUGGGCCUCUUCUGUCUGGGAAUGUUCUUUCCCUGGGCAAACCCUAUAGGUGCAGUGGUUGGGUUAGUAGCAGGCCUUGCCAUGGCCUUCUGGAUCGGCAUUGGCAGCUUUGUGAUGCGUAUGUCUGGUCCCACCCCAGUGCCACCACUCAACACCACGGCUCUGCCCCUGUUUGACAACAUGACCACCACUGUCAUGACUACACUGAUCAGCGCCACCACAGCAAAGCCAAGGCCGACGGGUGUAGAGGCGCUCUACUCGUUGUCCUACAUGUGGUACAGUGCUCACAACUCGACCACUGUGGUGGUGGUGGGACUGCUAGUCAGCCUGCUAACAGGACCUAUGAAGGAGAAGGAUCUGACCCCCGGCACAGUAUUUCCAGUCCUGGGCACACUGCUCUUCGUUCUGCCUGAGCGCUACAGAGAGAAGCUCUGCUGUGUCACUCCUCUGUCUCACAAGCCCAAAGAAAUAAACAUACAGCCUUAUCAGAUGGCCAAGAAAGACAGCAACGGAGCAGCUUACUGCAAAGAGGACACAGCCACAGAAGACAAAGAGGCUGAGAGUGACAGAGCACAAACAGAGGAGGAAGACUUGGAAUCAAGGAUCGCUCUGCCCUCGUGCCAACUGACGGCUCACACGGUUCAGGAGACGGCCUUGUGAUCCUUUUUUCUCCUACAUAUAUAACACACCCAACCCCAGCUACUGUACUAUCCAGUUUCUUGGGGGGGGGUGCAGCAAAAGACGGAUCAAAUAUGAAGUCCAUCACUAAAAAGAAUAUCCAUUAGAUCUACAGUACCAAGUUUGGGUGUUGGUGUUUUCCAAUGACAUAAUCAGUUUAUAGAAAAGGCUUAUGGACUUCGGUAUCUGUGGGGGGGGAGAGUGUUUUGUUGGUAUCUGCAAAAAAAAAAAAAAAUCUCAAAAAAACAAAAACAACUAGAAAUCAGCUUUUCAACUGGAACUGUGCAUUGAAAGCCCAAAUGGCAGCAUCAAAGAAGAAAUGAGUCGGUUGGUCUCCGUUAGCUGACUCCUGGGUGCACACACUGCGGGUCUGCUCAGCUGUGUGCUGUUUGAAGGUAAUAGUGGGUCGCUCUCAUGCACAAUGAGCUGCUCCACUGUGACUGGAUCCAGUCACUCAGUUUGACAAAAGAAUCAGGUAGUUAAAAGAUACAAGAUGUAAAAUGUGUUAUUUUUGUAGAGAAGAUGGAACCAUAACAUCCCAGAAUAUGUAUGAGAGAAUAUAAUAUAAAAAGAAAAGAGAGACUGAGCUUCAGUGGAAGGCAUGACAGGUCUGUGCUACUGUGAUAAUGUAGUGUCUUUACAUGGCCUUGGUUUAAUACUGAUAGUCGCCUUCUAGCUGCUACUAUACAAGUCUAAAUCCUGAGUCCACGAAAGCAAAGCUGUGUUCAGAUGAGAGCAGAGAUGGCGUCUCGUGGUGGCAGUUAAAUUAGAUGGAGCAAAGUGAGUCCUUAACUGCCACCACCAUGUUCCUACCAACAGUGGAUGAAGGAGGUUAUUAUCCACUGUUUGCUGUCAUUUGAGCACUUGUGUACAUGCGAUGUGCAACAAAUCCCUUACAAGUUGCCAUCGUUCACUCAUUCACUACUCACUAUAUAAUACACACUCAUUAGUUUACUUUAUAGAGAACAGUAAAUCACAUUUUGGACAGUUAGAAAUCAUCAUUUUGCAUCACUGACGGCUGUUGUGUCACACAACUGCUAAUUUUUGCAUCUAUAAAAUCCCAAGUAUUGUGGGAUUGCUAGCAUAAAGUACUUUUUUUGUUCCAUUGUUGGAAUUUUUGAGGGCACUAUAUAGUAUAUCAUUUUUACACUCAAAUAAAAUGGGAGACAGUAGAUAUAGUGCACUUUAUAAGUAAAUAGGGUGUGAUGAAGGACACAUCCUCUGUGUUCUGUUCAACUGAAAACGCACAAUGGUAGAAAGAGACCAAACUUCCUUUCCUCUUAAAGAUGAUGACAUGAUAUUUAUGUGAGAUGAUCUUGUCAAAAAUAAGACGUCUUGCUUAAAGAAUAUUUUCGUGUUGCUCUUAAUACAACUUACAUGCUGUUAUGUUGUCAUUGGUUACUUCUUGGCUGGUAUGCAAAUAAAAAAUGAGUACAGCAACCAAUAACUCUUCCAAUGCACAUGAGUCAUGUGAGUAUUGUAUUAAGAUAGUCUUUUAAAAUCUUCAGUCAUCAAAACUGAAAUGUUUGUGUUCUUGAAAUCCACCGUUGUGCAGUUUUCCAUUGUGUUCACAGUCACAGUGAACAUGUCCUAAGCAUUGUUAACUGUCCGGAUAUGUUGGUCACACAAAACCCCAGGAAGUCUACAAAGUGCCUCACAGACCUGACCGAGGUCUGUUGAUGAGCUGGUGUUAAUGUGGGAUGUGUUGGCAGCUCGUAACUCGUGGUGUUUCAUUAGCUUUCUGUUUUACAGUAGCGGCUCGCCUGGCCCUGUUACUGUACAUCCACACAGAACCCGCAUGUGCUUACGCCUGCUCCCGUCUGAUAUGACUGCCCCGAAUAAAGUGCAGCACUGCGCUGAAUUGCAUAGAGAAGCCAUCUUGGACCUUUCAGAUGGACCUACUUGAGUUCUGUUACGCAGUAGCUCGAUUAUAUUUGAAGAUAAAGGUGAUUCGGUCAUCUCUGGUAAUUUUGUAUUUGUAUUUUAAACAUCUUUGUAAGUGCCCGUCUUUUUUUAAAUUCAGGUUGUCAGUGCCAGUAUGUGAUUGAUUUGCGUAAUUGUGGGUAGUUUGAAUAUUAUCAUCAUUGUCAUGAUUUUUGGAAUCAUAGAAUUCUUGACCGUCACCAUUUUAGCAUUUUAAGUCGUCCAUUGUCGUUGUGUAAGAGAGCUGUUGUGUGUACAAUGUUUUGAGUCCGUACUGUGCUCUUGAUAAUGGACUCCAUUGUCAUGUUUUGUCAUGUGACAUAAUAUGUUUGUUCAAUGUAAUGGCCAAACCAGUCUGCCAACUUUCCAAAGAGUUUUCAACAGUUUAUGGAGAGUCCACAUGAAGUACAUUUAUACAAAUGUUUACCGACAUCUCAUUUAAACAGUCAGCAAACUAACACACCCAUGUGUCAGCUGCCUUACGUUUUCCGGCUCAAAUGAGUUUGCUGGAGUUGCAGUUGUAUUUUAAGUACAUGCCAGAAAAUCAAGGUGACAGAUGAGCAGCAGAAGAGCAGCAGCUUAGCGUGUCUCAUUUAUUUAUUAGGAUUACGGACUCUUGAAAGCAGUAGGUCCCGUUUGAUGGAAUGUUGAGCCCUUUUAAACCCAUGUAAGCACUAGUGCAUUACAGAACCAACAUGUCUGUACCACCAUCCCGAUACUCAGAAAUACCUCGAUUCAUCCAAAGCAUAUAGAAUAUGAAUUGUUCAGAUUUUGGUUUGGUUUUUUUUUUUUUUUACCAACAGAAGAUAUGUUUGAGAUCAAAUUUGUAUAUUUUUGUAAUUUCACGUAAAGCUUGCACACAUUUCAUGAGCUGGAAUGUGGAAUUCUAUAUGCAAGAACCAUAAAAUGUUUUUUGUUUUGUGAAUGGCAGGCAGAACUGGAAACGUAGCAGUCCUCUCUCAGAUGUGAUAGCAGUUUUAGAGCAUCCUCUGCCUUCGACAGCAUUUCAAACCGCUCACGUUUCAGUGCUACAUCCCAUAGCCUCCACAGUCAUUUUUCAAAACAUUUUAAUGGUUCCUAGUGAACUACUUUUAAAUCAAUCAUAUAUUUAUGAUUGCAUAGUAUUGAAUCCUUCUCCUUCAUACCUGAAAUUACUUGAAGUGUGUGCCUGUAAUGUUACCUCAGUGAUACACAGAUAAACCCCCUUUAUAAUGUGAGGGAACACAAUUCAAGAGCUGACAUGUUAUUGAUAUUAUUGCUGUUAAAGAUGCCCUUUAUGAACCCAGACUGGGUGGAGCACUGUGAAACUAAUGAACACUAACACACCUAAUAAAGCACAAUGACGUCAGUCCUCAGUAGUCCUGCUAUUGAAAGAAUCUGACUGAAGCCAUCAGUUGGUGUAAAGCAGCUUAGAUAGUGAGUGAAGAAUUAUUUUGAUUUUAAUGACAAAAAUAUCAACUUGAGGUCCUCUACAAGUGUGAAACAUGUUCGUUCGAUUGAUUAGUGGCCUUUUAACAGUCAAUCCGUUUGGUCUGCACUAUAAUACAGUUCUGGAUAAGGUAGAAAGAAAAGCAUGGCACUUAGUAAUUUCCAGCGACAAUAAAUAUUGUUUUGAACAAUAUUUAUUAUGAUAUUCUUUCUCCCAUCCACAAGAAUUCUUCCUGUUAUGCAUUCCAAAAACAACAACAACCCCAUAAGCACUGAAGUCGAGAUGACUCCUCUGCUUGGGCUGUGCCUUCAUUUUGUGAUAAUGUUUUGGGUUGUUUUGUUUUUUUGAUUGUAUCCUGCUGUAGUUUUCAUAUAUAGUCCAGGAUAUUGCCAUGAAUAUGAGCUCAGCGCCAAACAUCUGUCCAGGAGUGGACCAAACCCACAUUUAUGAGUCAAUAAAUGAAUCCUGUGUCACAUGAUAUGAUGGGGAGAAACAGUCCAGUUGAUUGAGGGAGUUCGAAACAGAAAAGUGGUGCAUGCACCUUUCUUUCAGUGGAACGCUAAACUGCAUUUUAAUCUGUUGACAUGUGUCACUGUUGUUUGGAUGUAUGACUAUUAGAUUUCUACAUUUGAUGUACUUGAGAUGAUAUUAAAAAUUAUGAUAACAAAUUCAA